UCUGUCUAAAUAAGUGAAUGUUGUCGUUACUGUUUGAAUUCUAAAAGACCCUUCACUCUGAAGAAUCUAGAAGGUCUUCUAUACCACUACAAACAAACAACAUAGAAACUAGGUGCUUUCUGUGUCAUUGAACAUUGAAGAGAAAAAAAAUGAGAAGAACAAGGUGCUUCUUAGACAUUAGCAUAGGUGAAGAACUAGAAGGACGAAUAUUGGUCGAACUUUACAACGAUGUUGUUCCCAAAACUGCUGAAAAUUUCAGAGCUCUAUGUACUGGUGAGAAAGGCAGUGGUCCCAAUACUGGGGUACCCCUCCAUUUUAAGGGAUCUUGCUUUCAUCGUAUUGUUAAAGGCGCUAUGAUUGAAGGAGGUGAUAUAUCUACUGGAGAUGGUACUGGAGGAGAAUCUAUAUAUGGACUCAAGUUUGAAGAUGAAAAUUUUGAAAUGAAGCAUGAAAGGAAAGGAAUGUUAUCAAUGGCAAAUACAGGUCCUAAUACAAAUGGUUCUCAGUUUUUCAUCUCUACUACCCGAACUGCUCAUCUAGAUGGUAAGCAUGUUGUAUUUGGGAAAGUAGUUAAAGGAAUGGGCGUAGUCCGUUCAAUUGAGCAUGUUACGACCGGAGAUGAGGACCGUCCUGUUCUUGAUGUUAAAAUUGUGGAUUGUGGAGAAAUUCCCGAAGGAGAAGAUGAUGGCAUAACAAACUUUUUCAAAGACGGUGAUACUUAUCCCGAUUGGCCAGCAGACCUUGCCGAGAUCCCUAGUGAACUUGAAUGGUGGCUUAAAUCUGUUGACUCAAUCAAAGCUUUUGGUAACGAGUGUUACAAGAAACAAGAUUACAAAAUGGCUCUAAGGAAGUAUCGGAAGGCUUUACGUUACCUAGAUAUUUGUUGGGAGAAGGAAGGGAUUGAUGAAGAGAAAAGUUCAGGUUUAAGAAAAACAAAGUCUCAUAUAUUUACAAACAGCUCAGCUUGUAAAUUGAAAAUAGGAGAUGUUAAAGGAGCACUGUUAGACACAGAAUUUGCAAUGCGUGAAGGCCAUAACAAUGCAAAAGCUUUGUUUCGCCAAGGACAGGCAUACAUAGUACUGAAUGACAUUGAUGCUGCAGUUGAAAGCUUUAAGAAGGCACUGACCUUGGAGCCAAAUGAUGCUGGAAUAAAAAAGGAACUAGCUGCGGCCAGGAAGAAGAUAUCUGAUAGGACUGAUCUAGAGAAAAAAGCUUAUAGUAAGAUGUUUCAAUAGCAUAGCACAAAGGUUUAUGUUGAACAAUCAUAUAAUUGCAACAUAUAUAUACAAAAAGGUAAAAGGUUUGGGUUUGAACCCUUUGUUACUAAAAGUAUUGAGAAUGAGGUUCACAUGAAAUAGGUCAAUAAAUGAAACUUUAAGCCAACAAUUUUGUUAACAUUUUCUUUUAUUGGGAUCAUUUUAAUUAUUGGAUGGUGAUUCUAGUCAUUGAAAUGUAAUUUUGUUGAUGGACCACAGAAAUUGUUCUAUAUGUGAUUUUGAUAUUUAUCAUUUAGAACUUUCACAAGUGUAAUUUAGUACUUUUUGUUAGCAUA